AUGAAGGCGAAUGAUGAAGAGAUUCGGGAGUCGAUCUCAUCUGGGGACGACGGCUUAUUCCCAUUGUGCUGCAGCCGUUUGGCUGUCGUUAAGUUUAAUGAUUUUAUUGACAGUUUCUCAGUAAGUCCCUCUUAUCCAUUAUCCCAAUGCCUUUUAUACGAAAUAACCCUCACCACAGUGUGUCACCUUAAACUCAUUCAACCCGAAGUUCUGAUCCAAUGCUUGGUGCCCGACUUUCGGGACCACCUGACUUCCGUGCGUACUGUGGUCGAGUCAGGCCUUCAGGUGUACGCGCACAAUAUCGAAAAUGUUGAAUCUCUGCAGGCAGCGGUUCGUGACCCACGCGCUGGUUGUGAAGAAAACCGCCAAAGUACUCCGUGGCUCACAAAAUCCAGUUUGACGCUUGGCUUCGGAGAGAAGGACCCUGAGGCAAUGGCAGUCUUACGUGAUCUAAGAGCAGCUGGAAUCGACUGUCUCACUAUAGGCCAAUACAUUCAGCCAACCAAGCGACAUCUAAAGGCUCGUGAAUAUCUUCAUCCGGACCGUUUCGCCCACUGGAAGACUGUGGCCGACCAACUCGGCUUCCUCUAUACGGCCAGUGGCCCUCUAGUCCGCUCCUCUUAUCGGGCAGGUGAAUUUUACAUAGACAACAUAAUUCGGAAGCAGACUCAACCAGCAAAUUCUGUGACAGUCUCAGCCUCACCCCAUGAUGCAACGACAAGGAUUGUUUGA